UUUGCGAUAAAUGAAACAAUUUUUAGUAGAAUAUAUGUUUACGCGGUGGUCAUCACAAAGAUAUACAUCAAGUAGUUGGCCUAUAAAAUUGUUCUGAUAAUCAUGAAUCUUCAAACACUGUUCCAAGAUUUCAAUCCAAGUAAAUUUUUAGUACACACCUGUUUGAUGAUAUUUACAACAUUAUUUGCACUUCGUUUGGAUGGUUUCAUAGAAUGGAGUUAUUGGACUGUAUUUACUCCAAUAUGGUUUUGGAAAAGCAUGGUAAUUUUAGGUGCUAUUAUUGGAAGUUAUAUUUGGUGGAGGCAUCCACAUGCAAGAUUGGAAGGAGAUGCUUAUGUACAUUAUAAAGCAAUGUUGAUUACAUUGGCUUUACAUUUAAUUUUGUUAAUGUUUGAAUUGUUAGUAUGUGAUAAAUUAGAAUCUGAAAGACAUCUUUGGAUGCUUGUAUUUAUACCUCUUAUUUUCAUCUCUGCAGUAUCAAUAGUUGUGUGUAUAUGGGCUGCCAAACAUGAUCGAUCAUUUGAACUUGAAUUAUUUUGUGCAGUAAAUAUUUUACAAUUUAUUUUCUUGGCAUUAAGAUUAGAUGGUUUUAUAACAUGGAGUUGGGAAGUAGUGUUUGCUCCUCUUUGGGCACUUUUAUCUUUAUCUUUAGUUGCAGUUCUAUAUGCUAUAGUAUUUGCUGCUGUUUUAUUAAGAACCCCACAGAUUAAUGCCAGACAAAGGCGGACAUCUUUGAAUUCAGCAUUGGCAUAUACAUUUCUUGUAGUUCCAAUUUUAGUGUUUCAAGUACUGUUAGCAAAUAAAUUGGAUGGAGAUAUUUCAUUGAAUUAUACAACAGUAGCAAUGCCACUUUUAAUAUCUCACAUAACACUUAUUUUUAUGUCAUUUGAUGCAAAGGGAGGAAAUAGAUGGUGGUUUGGUAUUAGAAAAGAUUUUUGUCAUUUUUUAUUAAGUUUAUGCCCAUUGCUUCAAGAAUAUGGUAAUAUUUCUUAUCAACCAAGAAGUGAACAGGACCAACCACCAUCAGAACCAAUGGUAUCGGAAAAAAAUGAAAAACAUGUUAAAAAAAUUGAUCUAACAAAACCUGUUGUACCUAUAAUAUCUAUUGAUAUGCCGGAUUGAUUGUGUAAUUUCGGCCCUCUUCGGGUAUGUAAAAUAUUUUUAUAGAUAUGAUUGGUUAAUACCAGAUAUCAUAUCUUAACGAGUAAUGGACAGGUGCGUAAAUAAUAGCGAAAUCUAUUUAUAAAGAAGAAAAUAAAAUUAUUAUUUUCAAUACGAUAUAUCGUAAUGAAAAUCUUGUUAUUGUUAAAUAUAUUAUGCGCCAAGGCAAUCAUAAUAAUUAUAUUACCCAUUUUGUUCAUGGGGCUUAAGCUUUUCACAACUAUUGUGGAAAUUUUAGUAGAAAAAGCAUUAAAAAUUUUUUUUAAAUAAAUAAUUAUAAAAAAGUUAAAUAUUAAAUAUCUAUAUCUAUAUAAAAAUAUAAAUAUAAAAAGGUCCCACGAGCAAAUUUAGCAGUUGCAGUGCUCAAAAAUAUUAUAUUUCUUAAAGCUGCAUUCAUUUUUUUUGUAUCCAAACACUUAAAUUAUGUGUAGAAUAAGCAACCAACCCGUCCACUUAUUUGAUUGCUCCUUUAUAAUGAUAUAGAAUAAUUGCCGACCUAUUUUAUAAAGCCUGUUAUUCGAUUACACUUGUUACAUAGCAUUAUUAUUACUUUGCCAAAAGUAGUGAAUAGUGGAAUGAUAAACAUGCCUAAGUUGGUGCUAAAAAAAUUAAUAUCUUAGACAUGUUUUGUAUGCAGCUAUAAACUAUGUUAUUUAAAAUUUAAACUAAACCUCGGUAUCAUGAUCUGUACAAAGUUAAACUUAAUUUGUAAUGUAUACUUAUUUUUUAAAUAGAUUUUCCUGCAGAAUGUAAUAAAUGUAAAUUUGAAGCUUGUUAUGAAGGAAAAUCUUUAAUGUAAAUAGACUCCAAGUUUUAGAAUUUCCUAGUAAUGUACAGAUCAUGCCCGAAAAAUUUAUUAUGUUACAUGUACAUAGUUAGAUUCUGGUGUGAUUGUUUGAUUUUUAGUUAAUAUGAAAUUUAACAACAUUGAAUCAUUUGUAAAAAAAUAUUUAUAUAAAUAUAAUACAUAUUAUAUAUUAUAUAUUAUAUAUAUGUAUAUAUGUAUAUAUAUAUAUAUAUAUAUAUAUAUAUAUAUAUAUAUAUAUUAAUAUGUAUAUAGAUAUAUAUAAUAUAUAUAUAUAUAUAUAGACAAAAAACAAAAAGUAUAAGUAAAGCUGUGAACAGUUAAAGUAAUUGCCAUUUGACAUUAUAUUUUACAUUUUUUUUUUUAAUUUUCGUUUUUAUUAUUUAAUAAUCUAAAUUUUUCUAGUAAAUAAGACUUGAUUUUAUCCUUAAAUUAAUGAGUUUGAAAAGAUUAAUUAAUGGACAGAACACUAACAAAAUCUGAAUAAUAAAAUUUCUUACUUAUUAUAUUUUAUUUUCAUAAAAAUUUUCUAUGUAUAUAUAAAUCUUUUUUAAGUAUAUAUUAUAAAUUUAAUUUUUUUUUAAUAACAUUUUAAAUAUAUAUUUAUAAUAAUGGUAAUUAAUUUUAAAUAUGGUAAUAUAUAAUAAAAAAUGAAAAGUUAUAUUUACAUUAGAAUAAUUUUUUUUCUAAAUGUUCCUAAGAAUAUUUUGCAAUAUUUUGUCAUUAAAAAUUCUUAUAUGUAUAUUAAUGAAGAGAUAAGCAUUUUAAUAAACGUGUUCAAAGGGCUCUGUUACUUUAAGUGUUUAAGUUAAUUUUAUAUACAUUUAAUUAUUCAUUAAUUGCUUAACAAAUGCUACAUGAAUAAUACAUUUUGUAAAUAAUAAUGUAAAAAACAUAUAGUAUGCUUUUAUAAAAUAUUGAAUGAUUUAAAUUUCAUUAUAUUUUUUAAAACAUUAAUAUUCCUUUUAAUGGAAAAUUAAUAUAUUAUGAUGUUCAUAAAAGUAUAAGGACAUUUGUUUGGCAUGAUCUAUAUGUUAUGUUUAAUAACAUUAAACAUUUUUAUAAUAAAAAAUAAUAUAGAUUUUUGUUUACAAUUAACAUAUAGUUUAUUGUGAACGUAGUUGUAUGUUCGAGUAUAGGUUUUCUAUCGGCCUUAAUAAGAUAAGAGAUUGGAUAUAUCGGCUGGGAUAUAAGACUGAGCGCCUCGCAUCCUUAGAAUAGCAUCAUUAAGAUGUAUAAGAAAAAAAAUAAUUGCGUGAAUUAAAGAACAAAUAAAUAUUAAGGAUAUCGUAAUUGUUAACAUUAGUAGAUAAUUAUAAUUAUUAAGUAUACCCAAUCAUUUAUUGUGUUAUGUAGAAAUAAUGUACAUACUCUGUUAUAUUACAAUUAUAGACUAUAUCAAUUAUUAUAUAUUAUACAUAUCUAUCAUGAGCGAAGAUAAAUACAUAGUGGUAUUAUUUUAUUUUAUAUAUAUCACAUACAAGAUAUAUCAUUAUAAUCUAAUAAAGUUUAUAUUUUUGGUAUUAA